UUCCAGCUUGAAAAUCUGUAAAUAUUCAAGUGUUCAAAGGGGAUGAAAUUUGUUUUAAUUCUGCUGUCUCCUGAGGAGAGAAUAUGAAGGACUGUUCUGACGAUGAAUUCUGGGACCAGCUUCUGCGCAAAUGUUCUCAAUGUACGAACCAUUGCGGUGAACAUGUGAAAGUCAUGUGCAGGGCUUACUGUGAGGUUCAGAGAUGUAAAGAUGCUUCACAAUCGUACUGGGACAAACUGUUGCGAAAAUGUGUGAAGUGCUCAGAUGUGUGUGGACAACAUCCUCAGCAGUGUUCGAACAUAUGUCAAGAGAACACGGUGUUCAAUUCAGACACUGUGUCUACCUUCAGACACUGUCUACCUACCGAAGAGCAUUUCAACAUCCUGAUCUACACAGUGCUGGCAGUCAGUCUCUGUGUUGUCACUUGUGUGUUUUUGAUGCUGUUGGUUUACAGCUUUAGGAGGAAGGUCAGUUCCACACGUGAUGCAGCUGUGACUGGACACAAGAGAGAUGUCUCCUCAAAAGACCGCCUGGUGCAAGUUGGUGUUGACGGAGAUGAGCAGAAUCGAAGUCUGUCUUCGGAGCCAUCAGAAACAUGUAGCUAUUGUUGCUGUGAACGGAAACUUACAGAAAGAGAGAAAAAAGAAUUUGCAAACACACCAGCAGGUCAUCAGUGCCUCCCAAUUCCACCUAUUGCCAGAACGCAAUCACUGGCUCCUGUCCCAGCUCACAAAGACAAAACGUUUCAAAUCAUCUGUUCUCCUUCACAAGCUAGCACAUGAGGAAAAAUGGACUACUUCUUCACCCAUUUCUUGUAUUAGGAAUGAGUUAAGAAAGACUCGCAAAUUAGUUCCUAUUUGUUAAUAAGCAGAUCCCCUAAUCAACACGUACCUGCAAUCCAGUGAGCUGUUCCCAGACUCUGUUCCUUGUAGUUAGUUCUCCCAAUCUGUGACUGCUUUUACCAGAGAGGAAAAAACACUUUAUAUAAAAUGGUUUUAUGAUGUAGGACCUGCUUGUAAGUCCAAAUAAGAUCUUUUAACUCAGGAUAAGGAAAUCCCUCCCAGUCAUGCAAAUAGAUGGAGGGCGCAGGGAGCAGUGUAUUGUGUUAGAAAAUCAAGAGGGAAUUAAGUAGCUAUUAAUUGAACAAAUUGAUUGAGGGUUUAAUUAAUUUUCCAACCUUUGGAACCAGCCAAUUUUUCUUUUUGGUUUGGUCUGACAGGUAGGGAAACCAUCAUUGUUAAGAGAAUCCAAACCAGACAUGGUUCUUGGUAUACCACCUGCACAUGGAAUGUUCACUCGCUCCCCGUUUACUUAGUUCCACGGGGCAUUAGAUGCAGAUUGGCAAGAGCCAAGGCUUUGGUAUCCCAGUGUGUGUGUGUAUUAGGGAAAACUGCACAGCUUGCUAUUGAAAACACCAUCUGGCAAAAGCUUCCUGCUGCUUGUCCAGCUAACACCACCCAACCUGUUACAGCUCAAGCUUGUAAAGCAGGAGUGGAGUGGGAAGAUUCCCUAUCCCCAGCCAAAUGGAGUGCGAUGGCACUUUCUGUCCCAAUCCCAGGAAGUGAAGAAUCAAGAGGAGUAAAGAGAUGUUUUCCAUGCACUAUUUUCUGUAAGAAUAUAAAGUUCAAACCCAACAAUCUCCUCGAACAAAGAAAAUCUGGAUCCUGAUGACUCAGUGUUCUGUAAUUUCUGAUUCUAAUUCCUUCAGUUUGUAACUCAGGAAAUGCUGGAAAUGGUACAAAAUCCUCCAUCUAACCUUCAGCUUGACAAUAUAGAAACAUCUGGAGACUCAGCUGUAACCAGUACAGGAUCAUCUGCAAUGAGUUUAAUUAAUUCUGGAAUAAACAAGAAUUAAAAUAUCA